AUGCUAAACAAGAAGGGCCGCUCAAGCCAGGAAGUCCGCAAAGGAGAGAAAGACUUUGAGGAGCACGGUACCCGGGCGCAAGAGGAUGCUUUGGAGACGAGCCGGCGGGUGAUGGAAGAAGUGUUGAGCUACGAGAGGCACUUUACCGAGGACAACUGGGUCAGGGCGUGGUAUUUCCCGGAUUGGUGGGUUGGGGAGCAAGGGAGUGCCAUCUGCGCGGGGAACGAGAAGAUUGACAAGCGGGAUCUCCUGCUCGAGGACAGAGUUGCCGUCGUGGAGCAUACGAAACGGUUCCCCGCAAGACUGCUUGGGAGGGUGGUGCCCGGGGUGAAGAGGAAGCAUGCGGCAUCGGGCCAGACGUGGUUGCUGCCAGAGGAAGCCCUGUUCCUGGUGGAGAGGGGCAGCAUGGAGCUUUGGUGGCCGAACAAGACGCUCCCGGACCUCUUUCCGCCUCUCGAGGUCGAGGGCGAAGGCCAGGCCCCCACGUCGAUGCUCAAGGGAAUCGACGACGACGAAUACGAGACGGGGCUGCCACUGAGUCUGCAAGGCGCGUACUCGAUGCUCAUCGGCUCCGAAGGCGGGCAGAGCCUCUGGAGGUGGCUCGUUUCGCUCAUCUCCUCGAGCUCGCACACCCGCACCCCGCCGUCCCUCGGGCCCCUCGUCCGCCCGGGCCUCUACCACUCGUACAACCCCGUCUUCCGCCAGCUCGCCAUUAUUCCGCGCCACAAGCCCGCGACGAGGAGCGCCGUCCACGCGGACCCGGACGACCCGUUCCGCAUCCACUACAACGUCUGGAAGGCCGAGGGAUCCUUCCGUAAAGGGAACCCGCCGCCGCCCGAUUUCCGCGUGUGCGUCCGCGCCCUACGAUCCGCCCCCGCCGGUCAAGGCGGCGUGCCGGCGGGCAACGUGGGGCAGAUGCACUUACGGCUCAAGCACGGAUACCGCAACGUGCUCAUCGCGGUGGUGGACCACGGCAUCACGAGCUUCAACCGGUUCAGCGAUGCCGGCUUUGGCGAGGAGGUUAUUUUUGAAGGGUUCGAUGACAGGCUUGCCCCGGCGCCUUUCGCCGCAACUGAGGACUAUUGA